UUCAUCUUCAUCGUGCAAUUCUGCUUCAUCUUUCAUUUCUCGGACACGUUCCUGCACAUACUCCAGAAAAUCCUCAACCCCCUCCUCUCUUCCCAGAAGAAAAAGUUAUGGUCAUUUUCUCAGUCUCACUAGUCGCUCCCACGCCAAACCUCCAAGACAGGACUUUUUCGACGUCUGCUGUGUUAACUUCAUCGUGUGAAAAGCGGGAAAGACAUAGGUUAUUGUACAAACAGAAGGAUGAGGGAUUGCAGGAUGCGAAUGUUUUGCUGCAUGAGGAGAGGAUGAAACGGAGGUUCCUGCUGUUCCUUUCGGUUUCUUCGGUCUUCUUCCCAACUUCAUCUUCCACUGGAAAGACAAAGAGUAAAAACCCGUAUGACGAGAGACGCUUGUUUGAACUCAAUAAGCGGAUACAGAAGGAAAAUAAUGCACCUGAAGACUUCCCAAGUUUCAUCAGAGAAGGUUUCGAAGUGAAGGUGGUAACUUCAGAUAAUUACAUUAAGAGGGACUCAGGACUUAUAUAUCUGGAUUUUGAAGUUGGUACAGGUGACUGUCCAAAGGCUGGUCAGCAGGUAACUUUUCACUAUAUUGGCUACAAUGAGUCGGGAAGACGUAUUGAUAGCACCUAUUUACAAGGUUCUCCCGCUAAAAUCCGUAUGGGCACCAAUGGUUUAGUUCCAGGAUUCGAGCAGGGAAUACAAGAUAUGAGACCGGGGGGAAAGAGGAGAAUCAUUAUUCCUCCAGAACUUGGACCACCAGUGGGACCUUCCACGUUCUUUAGCUCAAAGCAGUUUGAAGUUUUUGAUGUCGAAUUGUUGAGCAUCAAGGAUUGCCAAAGGAGGACCAUAGGUUUCUACUCCGAUGUGGUGUGCACUUGAAUGGAGGCAUUGUGUGUGCAGCCUUGUGGUUUCUUUAUUGAGUCUUCCUGCAGAACAGAUCAGGAAUUGAGCAUGUGCUAUCUGAUCCUUUGUGCUCUCAUCAAGAGUGCUAGCGGACCAUCCCGCUUCCAUGAACAAGAAGAUUGUUUUACGGGGCAUCCUAUUUUGAUUUGCAGGAUGAUCUUAAUUGGAAAGUUGAGACUAAACAGAACACAACAGCUGACAGCUGUAAUUGGUAAAAGCAUGGUUAAGGAAAUAGGUUAAUUUUAAAACAUUGCCCUUUUCCCUCUCUCUGGACUGGAAGGAAAUAGCUUACGGUAAUGCUGAAAAUAUGACCAUCGAUGAAACUUUGUCUGAGCUUUUGCUUUUGUAUUAAACAGAUUUUGUUUAGUUUUCAUUUUAGGCAUCCUGUAGGGCUUCAGAUAUCAAACAUAUUCUGACAAGAAGCAUCAAAACGAGUGGUCUCUACCAUUUACAGGAAUUCUCAUAGUACGAGGAAGAUCGUAGCACUCUGUUUAUCCUA